AUGGCCGAAUCUACACACCAGUCGACCCCAUUGGACCUAACCCCUGAUAACAGCGCCAAAAUCGCACUGGCGAACGCCCAUCUCCCCCGCAUCUCAAUCCAAUUCUGCACACAGUGUCGUUGGAUGCUCCGUGCUGCAUAUUUCGCUCAAGAACUCCUCUCAACUUUCAGCACAGACCUCGGCGAAGUAGCCCUCGUUCCUAAAACUGGUGGCGUGUUCACGGUGACGAUAUGGCAUGGUGCGGUGCAUGACGGGGAGAUGAAGACGCAGGAGGUCAUUUUGUGGGAUCGGAAGAGGGAUGGAGGGUUCCCUGACGUCAAAGCGCUCAAGUCCCUUGUGCGGAAUGUUAUUGCUCCCAAUAAGGAUUUAGGACAUACGGAUCGGGCCUUAAAUAAGGAGAGGGGUGCGCAGGAGGUAAAGAAAGAGGAGAAGGGGGAGAGUCAGGAUAAGGCGAGCUGUGAGGAUUGUCAGUGA